AUGGCACAUUCAAAUCAUAUUUGUAUAAUAGGUGGUGGUAUUAUUGGUGCUUCAAUCGGUUUUCAUUUAUCAGAAGCUGGUUGUUCAAAUAUAACUAUAGUUGAACGAACAAAUAUUGCUUGUGGUGCUAGUGGACGUGCUGGAGGAUUUCUUGCAAAAAAUUGGCGUUCAGGUGUUGAAGGAAAAUUUUCUGAAUCAAGUUUUUUAGCUCAUAGUGAGCUUUCUAAACGUUUAAAAAAUGAAUUUUCUACUGAUGUUAUGUAUCGUCGUUUAACGACAUACAAUAUAUCAGUCAAUGAAACUCAUGGUAAAACAAAAACAAAUAAACAAACUGAUGAUGAUAAAUCAUUACCAAAAUGGAUAACGGCUGAUGUUCAUGAAAAAGAAAUAUUAGGAAAUGAAGAUACAACAGCACAAGUUCAUCCAGGAUUGUUAACAAAUGCUUUAGUAAAAAUAAUUGAAAAUCGAGGUGGACGUGUUAUUAUUGGUAAAGCAAAUGGAUUUCUUUUUGAAACUAUAACAACUCAUACAGCAAAAGAUGAACAUCAUCAAACAUCACCUGUUCGUGCUAUUAAAUUAUUAGUUGAAAAUCAAGAACCUAUUGAAGCUGAUAUAUUUAUACUUGCUAUGGGACCAUGGACAUAUCAAGCAGCACCUUGGUUUCGAGAUGCUAUGAUAUUUAAAGAAAAUAUUUCUCAUGAAUUAGAUGCUAUCAGUGGAGUUAAAGCACAUAGUAUCGUAUUUAAAGGUAAUCAACCAACAGAACCUUAUGCAUUUUUUCUUGCCUAUCAAUCAAGUGAUGGUAAUGUAUUAGAUCCUGAAAUUUAUCCACGACCAAAUGGUGAUAUUUAUGUAUGUGGGUUUUCAGAACAGCAUACACAAAAUUUAUCUGAUAGUGGUAAUUCAGUAUCAAUUGAUGAGAAUAGUUGUGAACGUCUUCGUCAAAUUGCUGUUCAUGUAGCAUCAACAUUAAAAGAUUCAAAUGUAGAAAUAAAACAAGCUUGUUAUUUACCACAAUCAAAUGAUGGCAUACCAAUAAUUGGACGACUUCAUGGAUUAAAUAAUGUUUAUGUUGCAGCAGGUCAUAGUUGUUGGGGAAUUUUAAAUAGUUUAGCUACGGGUGCACAAUUAACUCAAUUGAUUUUAAAAGGUGAAAUUUCACCAUAUUUAAAACAGUGUGAUCCAGUACGAUUUUUUCGACGUACAACUCAUUAA